AUGGCACCGAACUCUCAUAUGGCACCAUGGGUGCCCAUGUUCACUCAGUCGUGUAAGAAUGCGAAACAGGCGUUCAUUCCAUUCCAGUUUGCCACUGUUGCUGAGAGCGUGGACGGCAUACCGCUUCCCAAAUGUCGAACGGUGGUGUUCCGUGACUUCCUAUUCGAUGAAAGAAAGACCAAUGUUCUGACGUUUAAUACUGAUCUGAGAAGUAAUAAAGUUGAGGAGUCCUUCCCCAAUGGCAACGGCACCUGUCUCUUUGAGGCGUGUUUUUAUUUCCACGAGACAUGGGAACAAUAUAGGUUUACUGGCGAAUGCUUCCUGGUGUCAAGGAAACAGCAGGCAAUUGUGUCAAAUGAGACUUUGCUUCGAUACGGUAUAGUUGAUCCUACAACUUUUAAGCGCAGUGAGUCCAAUUCAUCAGUAUCGUCAUGUUCUUCCUCUGAUGAGGGCUCCUUACCUGCCAUGGUAGACAGUUUGAAAUUGGACGACAGCAAAUAUGACAACCACCACGAUGAUGGUGAGGAGGAUAUCCAUAAUACAGACGAUGGGAAAGUCCCUCUUCCAACUGAUGAGGAGUGGCAGCAGGAGAUUAUGAGGCAAUGGGAUACGCUGUCCAGAGCUACAAAGUCUGUUUAUAAGAAGCCUGCACCUGGUGAGCCCAUAACUGAAGAGAUGAAAAAGAAAAUAGAUAAGAUAGAGCGUGGUGUCGAUGGCUCUAAGGCUGACUAUGGAUUGGAUAAUUUCGCUAUCGUUUGUCUAUGUAUUGACAAAGUCGAUUACUUGAAUUUGAAAGGUGGCAAAGGCGGUGCCAGGUGGAUCUUUGAGAGGGUCAUCGACGAAACAGGUUUCGAAACAUGGGAGGAGCAAGAAGUAUGCCCAUGA